AUGCCUCCGUCUUCAGAAAUCGAACCAAAAGUCGAGGAAGACGAGCUCGCCCUUGAAUCAGUGGAGGAUGUUCCAGUCAACAAAAUCACCAGCUUCAAUGGCAGACUGCAGCAAUUCCUGCAUAACGGGACCGCAGCGCACGAAAGCCCAAGUGCCUCUCGAACUACUAUAUCACAACGCCGCAUAAACACCACCAAGACCGAAUAUAAACCAAACAUUACCGAACCUCAACCAGAAGCCGUCAUCUCGAGCCGCAAGAAAACAGUCCCACAGACAACAGUGGCAGCGACCACAACCACACCCACCCACCCAUGCACCACCCGCUCACAGUCGAUCAUAACAGCAACGCCUCCACCCCCAAUCCCACCUCGCCAAAGCCCAAACAAACGCAAGCGCAGCACAACAACCCCACAAAUCCCACCAACACCCCCAAUCGCCGGCCCCUCAGCCACAGAAUCCCUCCUCCGCGACACAAUCCCCCCAAACCUGAUCCUCCUCCUCGUAGGCGUGAACCCAGGGGUAAUGACAGGGAUAACAGGGUACGCCUACGCACACCCAUCAAACCUAUUCUGGAAACUGCUGUAUUCAUCUGGGAUAACAAGUAUGCGCCACAUACCGGCGGACACAUAUAAGCUUCCUGCGCUGUACAGCGUAGGCAACACGAACAUUGUGGAGCGGCCGACGCGCGACGCGAGCAUGCUCAGUCGUGCGGAGAUGGAUGCCGGUGUCCCUGUGCUCGAGGCUAAGGUUGCUGCGCAGAGGCCGGAGGCUGUUUGUCUUGUUGGGAAGAGUAUUUGGGAGGCUGUUUGGCGGGUUAGACAUGGGAGGGGGAUUCGGAAGGAGGAGUUUUGGUAUGGGUGGCAGGCGGAGGCGGAGAAUAUGGGUCGUGGUGGUGGUUGGGCUGGGGCGCCGGUUUUUGUCGCUACGACGACUAGUGGGCUUGCGGCGGGGAUGAAGAUUGCGGAGAAGGAGGCUGUGUGGGCGGAGUUGGGGAGUUGGGUUGUGAGGAGGAGGGGGGAGAGGGGGUUGGAUUCUGUGGUGGUUAAGGAUGAGAUUUGA